AUGCGUAUCGGCGUGAUUAAAGGCAAUGGUAUCGGCCCAGAAAUCUCAGCGGCCACUAUGCGAGUCCUUGAAGCGACAGGAGUUCAACCUAAAUGGGUAUUUAUCCCUGUUGCAAAUGAGGCUAGAGAGCUAUACGGACACCCCCUACCAUCUGAAGUUAUCGAGUGUCUGAAAAACAUUGAGUUGUGCAUCAAGGCUCCCUUACUCGCAGAAAAGCUUGAAGGGCGUAUUAGUUGCCCUCAGGCAGACGGCUCUGUGGCAACCUACCCCUCUAUAAAUAAUGCGAUCCGGCGGGAGUUGAAGCUUUUCGUCAACCCUCGCUUCAUUAGAGGAUACAAAGGUAUUUCUGGUCGUCAUGAAAAGAUGGAUCUUGUGAUAAUGCGUGAAAUCACAGAGGACAUAUACAUUGGCUGGGAACGGGAACUGGAGGACGGUACCGCUGCAGAGGCUAUCAAGCGGGUUACCCUCACCGCGUCGCAGAAGGUCGCCGAGUACGCCUUUGAAUAUGCACGGACUCACAGCCGAAAGAAAGUGUCAUGCCUCCACAAGGCCAAUGUUCUCCAUGCUACCGAUGGACUGUUCCUGCGGACAUUCCGAGAUGUUGCACAGCGUUACCCUGACAUCGAAGCUGAUGACAUCAUGAUCGAUGCGGCAUGUUAUGCUAUCGUCCGCGACCCCUUGAGGUUCAGCGUAGUGGUAACUCUCAAUCAAUAUGGCGAUAUCUUCUCCGAUCUGGCGGCUGGACUGGCUGGCUCACUCGGCCUGGCACCCGGCGCAAACAUCGGCGAUCAUUUUGCGACUUUCGAAGCAACGCAUGGAGCAGCUCCAGAUAUAGCCGGGACAGGCACCGCGAAUCCUCUAGCAUUGAUCCUUUCUGGCGCGGAGCUACUGGAGCAUGCCCACUACGUGAAAGAAGCAGCAGCGAUAAAGCUAGCCGUAGCCCAAGUCGUAGAAGAGAGACAAACAUUGACACCUGACUUGGGAGGUUCAGCGACCACGGAUCAGGUGGCAGAUGCAGUGUCGGCGAAUGUGAAAAAAAUACAAGGGUAUGUGUGA